AUGGACAUGGCAACUGCAGUCGCAGCCUGGCCGAACAGCAGCUGGGAGGAGUCCAGUGACAGAUUCCACAAAGAUCCUGUCUUCAAGGCAGCUUUCAAGGCUGCACGUGCAGAGAAGAAGAAGGUGAUGCAGACCGAGUCCAAAUGGAACCCCCCUUCUGCAGUGCUUUCCACAAUCUGCAGAAGCAGGGAAGUGUACACAAAGGUUGGCUUCCUGUCGGAAAGCGAAGUGGCCAACCUCACUGGCAGCACGGCCAAGGCCUUGAAGCUGACAGCAGGAACGGUGCAGCUGGAAGAUCGUCCCGGUGAGACGCUCAAGGGGUAUUAUGUUUCGCUUCUUGGAAUGCCAUCGAAGCUGCGCGGGGCGGUUCGGAAGAUCAAACUGGUCUGGAGGAUUGCCAACCAGGUUGAUGCAUACAACCUUGAACCCCAGAACCAAAUCACACAGGACCAAGGCCUGAAGCUUUUCCAUCACGUGUGUGACAGUGCGGUGGAGACGAAGGACAGUGCCUUAAGGACAGUCAACAGAUCGAAGCUGCUGACCUAUGACGCCAUGAUGGACAAGGCCAAGAAUCUUGAGCAGGAGCGGCAAGUUGAGGAACAGGCUGAUGAGGCCGAGGAGGUGGAUGAGGGUGAGGGUGAAGAAGAAUCACCCAAGGAGGAUGAUGCGGUUGUGGACUUAGACAAAGAUGGUGGGCGGGCAGCGCCUGCAAUCGGAAUUGCCUUUGCUCCAGAGUUGUGCCCCCAGCCGACUAAGAGGAGGCGCAAGUCUGCAAAGUCGGCCGAUCCAGAUCCGGAGCCCGAGGUGCAGGAAACCGACGGCAACAUGCCGGACUGGCUGGCGGAGGACAAGCCUCUGAAGAGCGUGGUCUCGAAGCUUGGUCGAUUCUACCGCUGCUUCCUGAACAUGAACCCAGAGCAAAACCUCAUCAACCGCAAGCCAGCAGGGCAUCAGAUACGAGGGGCCAGGACAAUCUUGGACACCAUGGAGAAGAAUGGCAACAAGGAAGCCUCCACCCUGAAGAACAGAAUCAUUCUUGUGGAACACCUGGACAACUUGUUGCACGGCCCAGCGUACAGCACUGUGCCCCGAGCCGAGCUUCUCUCUCACCUGACCGCCAUCAGCCAUGCCAACUUGUCGUUGCCGACAGAUCUCAGACAGCAGCUGCUAGAGCGGCUGGCCAAUGACCUGCUUACUGAUGCACUUGAGAUCGAAGACUCCACCUCUGAGGCCUUCAUGAAGGCUUUGGAAGUGUACAUGCAGCGACUGCAUGUUUGGAUGCCCGACAAAGCCAGUGACUCGGAGGUCGAGCUCAGUGCAUCCAUGGUGAUCAAGGGUGCCAAGGAAGACAUCGCGUACAAGAAGCAGUUCGGUAAGCUGUCGCAAGACAAGGCCACCGAGCAACUCAAUGAGUUCUAUGAGGACUUCUCUGCGAUCUUGAUGGAGGCUCUGUGCUCGGACCAGUUCUACAGCUUGGUGAAGAACGUUGGGAGAAAGAAGAAUCACCUGCUCAAGCUCUGUGAAGCCUUCCUCAAGGGCUACACCGAUGAGGUGAAGGAGAAGAUUGCGACUGAGUACCCAGAAUGCAUCUUGAACUGCUAUGAGCGGCUGCGCAAAAUGUACCUGGGCAUGGUGGCCCUCUUGCAUCCGGAGCCGAACUACUUGGGCUCUUCCCCGGCCGACAUCAACAGUGUUCGCAAGUACCGCGGGGCGGACAUGUUGGAGUGCGCCCUUCGUGAUUGCCUGACAAGCCAGACGGUCAUUUUGCAGAAAGGGGAUGUGGCCGAGACCGAGGCAAAUCCCUGGGUCCGGAUGUACGAUGAGGUGCUCAGCAGAGGUGAAACCACACAGAAGCAAUUCCCCAGGCUGCAAGAGUUGGAGAAAGUGCUGGAGGCCAUGGACACCGACGCCCCUCUCAGGAUCGACUUAGAGUUGCUUUGCCAGGCGUGCAAGGAGCUGUCGGAGAUGAAGGGCAGCAUGCGUGAAGGGCUUUGCACAGGUGCACUCAAGAGGCUGGAGGCGGUUGUUGUCUCAUGGGUCAAGGCAUUGCUCAAGGCAGAGCCGGGGUCGGUUGACGUGGGUAGCAACGCCAUGAAGCAUGUGCAGUCGGGCCUCAGCAUGUUCACAGGGUCGGCUGGUGUCAGCAAGCUUGCGGACAACCUCUCCAAGUGGAGGAAGUCUUCCCAGAAGACCUUGGUGGCUUGCGAGCUGUUGCAGAUUUGCAGGGGCUUCCCAGCCGAUUUGCAGAGCAAUAUGAACCCGAGCAACAUCAGCAGCUUUGUGGAUGCAUGGCAGGCGUGCUGGAAUUGCUCGAAUGACUUCAUCGCGGAGCUUUCGAAUGACAAGCAGAAGGACGUGAACCACGGCAUUGCCUGGGUCUUCCGAUGCAUCGCUGGCGUGGUCAAGGCGACUGAAGUCGAAGCUCCUGCUGAUGCUCGUGUCAUGGGGGCUGCCUUGAAGCUGGGGGUCAUUGUGAAGAACAGCACCCAUCCUUUGAAGGGUUGGAUAGCAUGCCAACUGGAGACCAUGCAAGCAGGCCAGGACUGGCGGCAAACAUGGGCGCUUGGUGAUGGAGAUGCCGAAGCAAGGAUUGAGCAAGAUCCAGAUGGUGUGCGGCUGGCACAAGUCCUGAAAGCGAGCAUCAGGUUGCGCAAGGCCCUGCAGAGCAAUGCCGAUGCACAGGUUGGUUUGAGCCAGGAGGACCUGGAGGAGUACGCCGCCCUCUUGUACUUCGACAUCCAGGGCCAGUACCAGCCCCUCUUGAGCCAGUCUGUCCUGAUGGAUGUUGUCAGCCUGAAGGCCGUCAAGCACAUCGAGCACUUGAAUGAGAUGUGUGAGAAGAUCCUGGAGCUCACAAAGGAGUUCGGCGCCAGCAAUGAAAAUUCAUGGAAAUACACGCUGCGCCCGGAGAGCACCAUGGAUGAUAUCUUUGCCGCGUACAAAGCAACCCUCGAGACACUCGAUGGUGAUGUGGCUGCCGCUGCCGCAUCAAAGCUUGGAGAGGCGUGCAAAGAAUCCCGAAAGUUCAUCGAGCAAGCCUGCGUGUACGCCGAUGCCGUGCGUGACCUGGAGACAAGCUCAUAG